GGAAGUCCGCGAGCACACUUAAACGAAUCAGCUGAUGGACGAAGCACUGGGUCAACUCAGCGACGCGCCACACCGCGACAAGUGUCAGUGCAAAAAGUGUCGCCGAGUGCUUCCAAGUGACUGUGCCAAGUGACGUUCCAAAGUGAUGCAAGUGACAGUGACAAGUGUGUGUGUGUGUGAGUGCGGCCUGCUCCAGGUGACGGAGGCCAAACAGCAAGAAUUAGAGGGCAGUGUGAUAAGCCCGGUGCGAGGAGGGAGGGACAGCGAGUGUGUGAGUGUGCGCGCCUGUACAGUGCCGGCCGCCCGGGAAGCUACGUGAGGGGCCUGCUUGUUCGGUACUGUACUUUCGGCGGGUAGGAAGGGGAGAAGAGAAGGGCAUGGGGCCGGGACACGCCCCCGCCCGGCAGGCCGCUCAAGGGCCUUCCCGAAAGCCCGAAAGCCCGAAGGCCCGAAGGCGCAUUGCAGGAAGUGUUCGCGGACGAUACGACGAUGCGACGAUCGAAGGAGUCUAGUCGGGAUGCGUCUGAUUCGGGAGCCAGCGGGCCGCGCCGCGCGCAGGUGAGAAGACCAGACAUGGGCAGUGGGGAGCACUACUGCCUCAGGUGGAACAAUCAUCAGAGCAACCUGCUGGGCGUGUUCAGUCAACUCCUGGAAGACGGCUCGCUUGUGGACGUGACGCUCGCCUGCGCUGAGGAGGGCCACUCGAUCCGCGCCCACAAGGUGGUGCUGUCCGCCUGCUCGUCCUACUUCCAGACGCUCUUCGUCGCGCACCCCGCGCGCCACCCCAUCGUCAUCCUCAAGGACGUGUGCUUCCGAGAGUUGCGGACACUGGUCGAGUUCAUGUACAAGGGGGAGGUGAAUGUAGAGUACUGCCGUCUGUCCGCGCUGCUCAAGACGGCCGAGAGCCUCAAAGUGAAGGGUCUGGCCGAGAUGACCAACCUGGGCGCGGACAAGGACGGUGACGACCGGGACCGUGAGUCGCGGGAGCGGGACAGAGACAGGGAUCGCGACCGGGAUCGUGACAAGGAGAAGGAGCAGGACAGGGAACAGAGGAGCCGGGAGGAUAAAGACAGAGACCAAAACAGGGAGCAGGAGCGGGACCGGGAACGGGAGCGGGAUCGGGAUCAUGGUGACAAGGACCGGAGACGGGAUCGGAGUGAACAGCAAGACAGGGAGUUGAACGAGACGCGGCUCGAGGUGAAGAAGGAAGAAGAGACGACGCAGCGGCAUCCACAGAGUUUAGUACAAAGGCACAGGCACAGCCCGUCCACCUCAUCGCCGGGGCCGCUUCGCUCGGCCAACGGCGUCAGCCUCUUGGAGCCCGGCGAGCUGCUGGGGCUGGGGCUGCACCACGGCAUGCCGCUGCUGGGGCACCCCAUGCAGCUACCGCUGCCCCUCACCCACCACCACUCGCGGCUGCUCAACAGCAGUCCGGACUCGCCGCCGCUGUCCGCCCCCAGCCUGCCGCCGCCACCGCGGCCGCCGUCGCACAGCCGGAGCCUCUCGCCGUCGUCGGGCCUCUCGGGGCCGCCCAGCAAGCGCAUGUCUUUGGCGCACCACCGCAUCAGCCACCGCGUCGACUCGAGUCCGGACGGCGAGGACCCCGACCCUGGCGGGCAGGGCGACGCCGACUGCUCGGCCGACGAGGCGGACAUGAUGCCCAGCUCGCCGCUCAGCACCUGCAGCGGGGAGCCCAACGACAUGACCAUGGCGACCAAUCUGAGCAACCCGAGCAACAGCAGCGGCAACAAUAAUAACAACAACAACGGCAUCCAGCUGGCGGGCUGCUCAGGCUGCCCGCCAGGCGUCUGCGGGCUGCCCUCCUCACCCAUCUCACUAGUCCAGCCGCCCUGCUCGUCCGCCAGCAGCCGGCUCACCUCCCCUCUGGGAACGCCCCUCGGCACGCCUCUGGGUACGCCCCUGGGUACGCCCCUGGGCACGCCCCUCGCCCUCACUGGGAGCCCCCUUCCAGGACCGUCCGGCCUGCCGCCUGUGCAGCAAGUGCCUCUGUCGCUGAAGAAGGAAGUGGAGUGGGACAGAGGGGACCGCGACGACAAAAGCAGGACCAGCGAGAGCCCUUCAGACUACAGUCGGCACCCACCGGACUCGGAGAGCCAGGGCCUGGGGGGACGAGGGGGUGGGAGUGGGGAGGGCCCGGACCGCUCUUCGUCGCCGCCCCGGCCCUUCCUGUGCUCGUACUGCGGCGCCACGUUUCCCCACCAGAGCAAGCUGACGCGGCACAUCCUCUCGCACAGUCUGGAGACGCUAAAGUUCCGCGAGCAGCUGGCCAUGCAGGGUCCGCCCGGCCUGGGCGCCGGGCUGGGGCUGCUGCCGCCGUCGCUGGAGCCUCUCAACCUGAUCGAGAACCACCUGGCCAGCGUGUCGCACUACCACGACGGUCCCAUCAUGGAGCUGGACGCCUCCGCGCCCAACGCCGUGCUUUGCAAGUUCUGCGGCAAGUCGUUUCCCGACGUGGGCUCCCUCAUCACCCACCUCCCCGCGCACACGGGCGACCGGCCCUUCAAGUGCGAGUACUGCGGCAAGGCUUUCAAGCUGCGCCACCACAUGAAGGACCACUGCCGCGUGCACACGGGCGAGCGGCCCUUCCGGUGCACGCUCUGCGGGAAGACGUUCUCGCGGUCCACCAUCCUCAAGGCCCACGAGAAGACGCACUACCCCAAGUACGUCCGCAAAUUCCUGUCAUCGCCCGGCAGCCCCGUGGACGCGGCGGAGGAGGCGCAAGCACAGCCUCAAUAGGGACUGGAGUGCGCCCGUUCCAGUGUGUCAGUGUGUGUGUGCCUGCAUGUGUGCGUGAAAGUGUGUCACUGUGUGUGUGAGAAAGAGAGUGGAUGUUGAGACAGUUUUUUUUUGGACAGUUUUGUUGGUUACGGCCUUCAUACUGUUCCAGCUGUUUAUGACCCUGGGGCGAUGGAGCUUCUAGUAGAAAAAUUAAGGACAAAUGUGAUAGAAUAUUUUUAAAGAUGUUUAUAGUGUAGCACUAAGUGCUACAGAGUUACUUUUCUUUGGAUUCCCUUAUGGAAAUUGAAUUUUUUUUUGUAACGUGUUCGUCGCAGCUUCCAUGCACCGAUGAAAGUUUCUGCCAAUGUUGAUUUGCACCGUUGCCCUUGGGCUCGGCGAUAGCUACAUAUCGGAAAAUUUUGUUACAAGGACAAGUUGUUGGGGAGAGAGGGGGUAGGUUCAAUCGCUAUUCGUUUCUUUUAUCUGUGCAAAACCGUAUUCUCAGUUCUUACACAUUUCCCUCAUCAAAAAUGGAAACAAAGGCAAUUUUUACAAUAACCGUGCAUGCUGCUGCAUAGACUAAGAGCCACGAGUAGCCUGUAGUUUCCCCGGUAACCAAGCUAAGUUAAGGGACUGUUCUGAGGACGCUGUGUAAACAGACAGUUAGAGAAUGGCACUGUUAAAUCGUGUCCCUGGCUGAGCUCCAAUAUUAUACUCACUGCGACUUAAAACCACCCACACCCCUCUACCCCCUUUGUUUGCACCUAGACCAGCUUGCCUGGAACCAAUUCAGCAAUAAAUACACUUAGUAUUGUCUGUGAAUGAUGAUAAAUCCGCGUGGCGGAAAUCUUUUGUUUCUCUUUUCGAAAAUGUUAAGAAUCAUUCAAAGGCCAUAAAAUUGUAUUUUAUAUACAUACACCUACAAGAAACUGUUCGUUUUUGUAAUCAGAGCUCAACGUAGCAAUCACAAUAUUCUGUCUUUCGCCAAAGGAUGGAUAACCUAUAUAAUAUUAGCAAUGUUCGUUAGGUUUACUUGUGGCAUAGGAAAAAUUAUUUAUAUAUUACAUGGAUGAAUGUUUUUAAAAGAUAUUGAUCACAAUAUGAGGCUUUAGUAGUUUUGAUAAACUAAUAUGAUAGGAACCAGGGUUCUUACACUUUAUAGAAACCAUAUACGGUUGAAUGUCAAUACAUAUAUUAAACCCAAUGUGUAAGUAGGGUGUAGGAGAAAUGCAGUACUGAUAGUUGGAAUAUUUAUAAGCAGCAUUUAAAACUAGUUUGGUAGUUUUGUAUGCCUUGCAGUUGUUUUUUAACAUGUAGACGACGCUAAAGCUGGCGCCUGACUAAACGAAAAUCUUGGAUUCGUAAAUUAGAAUCGAAUGUUUUGUUGUGGACGUAUGUUGAGAGGUGUGUUUUGUUGUUUACCAAGGGAGCGUUUUAGGCGUACUAAAGCCAUCUGCUGCUCGAAACAGUGUAUCAAUCAUCACGAAGUAUGGCGGGUUAUUUACAAGGGAGCGUCAAUAUUUAAGAUGUUCGAGUUAGUAAGAAAACUGGAAUCUCCUUAGUUUCCAAAACGAUACCUCAACUUUAGACUGUCCCAAAUCAAUGGCACACGUGUAAUAAUGCAUCGAUUUACACUGCAAUCCCUAUUUCGAGAAAUCUUAAUAUCUUAUUGACCGUAUACGACUUGGUUGAACUCACGUGUCAUGUCACGUUCUCAUAUCGUUGGCUUUUGGGAUUGUUCCUUGCGAAUCGGGACACUAUUCCCCCGCUGUUGCUACGAGAGGCUAGUGUAAUGUUCAGGUAUCAUCACCUCUAUGGGAGUGUCAUUAUGAUGACUAUUCAUUAAGACUGGAUGGGACACAUGACUCAUGCUUCAGAGCGCGGGUCGACGAAGCUGACGGUUGUCUCAAAAGACUGAUGUGAUGAAAAACAAACUCGCUUUUCAUCUUCUCGAGUGCUUUAACAAAACGUUAGGAUAUGUUACGAUUUGUGCUAGCGGCGGUGAUUAGCUCACGAGCAGGUUGUGUGUACAAUACAGCAAAAGAGCUGCAUCAUUUCGAAGGUAUCUAGUCCUCAACUGAGAUAUAGAAUAUUUAUACGAAGGAUUUUAAAACAUUCAUAAAAAUAAACACACAUUCAUCUUUAUGCGUGGUUAUGUAUUGGUUUAGGUUUGUAUGUUUGAAACAAAUAUAGAAGGAAACUUUGUAGGUAAUGUAUUUUGGCAUAUUCGUCUUACCCAAUAAUAGUUUGUACACAUGUGGCCCGAAAACUAGAGCUUGAUAAGAUCCCACCAUAUAGGCUGCUUUCAACCAAGUGAAUCACUGGAUCGUAGCGAGACCGCGUUGUUUAGUAUUCACAAUGUGAAUGGAGAGAGACCCAGUAGUGCUUUAUGUGAUAAUGUUUAUACAUAUUUAAUUUUUCUGUAAAUACGAUAUUUGAUUAGUUUCAAUUGAAAGAGUGCAAAGAGAAUGAGCGUUGAUUUAGUGAUGUGCGUGUCAAAGGCAUUUCAGUUCUUACCGUAUUUACUCAGUUUCAAGAUCACCGGACGUGUAGAUUCCUCUCCUCAUUUCAGUGUGACCUUUGGGUCAAUUGUUGUUCGUAGGUAACUAAAUCAGCAUGCGACGCAAUCAUUGUUUCUCAUGCUGGUUAAUCUACAUAUAUUGUAUGGAAGCUUUAACGCCGCUUAAAGCCCCCCCCCCCCAAAAAAAAAAAGAGGUAGUUUAUCGCCCCUUUCUUCUUUGUUUUAUUAUUCUCAUGUUGCUCACUAAAAGUCUUGUAGUUUACCAAAAGUAUGACCAACUUUUUGUAUCUUGUUAAAGGGUAAAUACGGUACAGUGCAACUUGUUUUAGAAAACAUAUUUUGUACAUUGUGUCGUUCAUUAAAUUUUCUUCUGUGGCGCUCGGUUAAAAAACGCGCCAUUGACAAUCUCAUGUUUGACAUGUCAAAGGUUGACUGUCGUAUUUAUAUGUUUUGCAAUGAUUUCGCAUUAAAUUGCAUGACUGAGAUGCAUUCACUUGGAUGCCUUGAGAUCUAAUUGUUGUUUAAGUAAUGUCGGUACAAAAAUUAUGCUAAUUGAGGCUAGUUUGCUUCAAACAGCCUAAUUAGCCCAGACAUUGAAUGGAAUGCAUGCAUUAUGUGACAUAUGCACUACGCUUCACAGGUGUGUGCAUCUGUAAGUAAUAAUGCCAAUGUUAGGGACCAUGCGCUUAUGCCGCAACACGAUUUUUCAGUGUUACAAUUACUUACGCACUCGGCAGAAGUAACAUCUCAAGUUAAUCGUUCUACUUCAUAAUUGAGUUUCUCUGUAGCUUCAACCAAUUAAAUUGGUUGUUCCCCCAUACUUUUAUGAUGAUUAUCAAUUCUUUACUUGUGUUCAACAUUAGUGCAUGGUCCUACUGUAGGAGGUGUUCCUCAUCGUACUCACUUGUGAUAGAGGUUCCCAUUACCUGUCCUAUCUGGGUUCGUUCUUAUUUAUUUUUUUCUGUUGUAGAGAUUUUUUGUUAACAGUAUUAGGGGCGAUAGGGUGGUGGGCAGAGCGCGGAUGGAGAAGCUCGAGUGGAAUGUGAUACUACUAAUAGUUUUGUGGUUAGUACUUUGCAAACGCCGCUCUGAGCGGACAAAACCAAGUACAACUUAGCGCGGAGGUCUGAUUAUUUUUCUUUUUUUGCCACACUUCACCAUAAAAAUCACUCACACGCCAGUCCGCACACUUAUUGAGAUUAAAGUAGCUUAAGGUCUGUCCGUUGUUUUGUUUUUGAAAUUAACUGGGGGUUCCGUUCAGUCCCUCAAAGUCCAUCGAUAUUAAAUUUACGACUUUAUGUCACAAUCUGGAUUUGACAUCAGGGCUUAAGUUCCGCUGUUUCUAGUUUCCUUUAAUCCUCUCAAACAGCAAUCUGCACUCGUGCGUUUCGGAACGCGGUUAUUAAAUUAUCUACUCAAAUCAAUGGAAUUUUUUGUGUCCGGCAGCCUUUGCAUGUAUAUCCUUACUUGAUGCAGACAUAUCUCAUUGGUUGUGAAAGAUGAAGCGUGUGCCCCACUGGGAAAGUUUUGUGUCUAGGAUUCCCUCUGUUGUACAGGUUUUUUUAGUGUUUGUAGGGACUAAUGAUAACAUUAUACUUUUGCUAAAGCUGACAGGCACUUUUGCUAAUCGAACAGUAUGCACUACAAAUUAUCAACCUUACAUCACUCCUUAACCAGAAGCAAUAACUGUUACAAUACAUUGUAUUCGUUCAUAUGAAAUGUAAUUCUAUUUUUGAAGAUCCACUGAUGUUUUGCUGUAAAAUAUUCGCGCCACUUACUACGCGCAUUAUCUCGUUAGAUGUUGUUUCGUUAUGUAUGGUGAGACAGAGUAUUUUUGUAGCUGCUUAACUGUUAUAACGAUGAAAACGUUAAAAGAAAUCUUGUUAGCUUAUAUUAUUUGUUUUGAAAUCUGUUGUUACCAUGUUAUUGUCGACAGUAUGUGUUAGAGAACUGUAGUUAGACAUUCCGUUCCGUUGUUAAUGUGAAAAUGUCUGUUAGAUUGCUGUAAUUGCUGUUAAUUGACGUCUAAAAAGACCGGUUAGAUUUAAGCUGAAUCAAUUUUUUGACCAUGAUGCGGUACGCCUCGUACUGUGAACUAAAUUAUUUGCCUGGUGUCAGUGGUUGCGGUCAGUUGCAAAGAUUUCAAAAUUGUCAGCUGUUUUUAUGUUUAAUGCAUUCACUAAUAAUACCCACACUUCAGGGCCAUAGGUGCCAAACUUGUCUUUCCCAUUGUGCGUUGGUUCGAUGAGUGGCAUGCUUCCUGACUCCUUUUGAAAGAAUGUUCUGUAAUGAGUUGACCUAUAUUUUACAACUGCGUGCUUGCUUCAAAGUUUUGUCAGACAGGGUUCUCAUCUAUCAUGAGAAUCAAACGUAAACGCGCUUUCUGUUUCAAGUGUUACCUCAUGUUCUUGCAUAAAAUUGGUUAUUGAGCAUGUACAAUACAUAUCAAGGGACCAAAGAUUAAUUUUGAUUUCACAAAUAAAUAGUCAGAGAAAUAAGGUAGUUUGCGUCUCCUUCUGAAAAUUACGAAGUGUCUUUAUCACUGGAUUAUUUUUAAAAUGAGUAGCAUCAUUAAAUUUUUCAGAAACAAAGCUCAAAUUGCAGUACCUUUCAGGCACUGUUUCGAGGUACACUUGCAGACGGGCUGUGCUCGUGUUGUUAUCAAAUUGUAACAGGGUAAGCAGCCGCAACUCGCCAUUUGAUUCUUGUUAAAAUAUAUCUUUGUUGACCGAUGUGCUUUUCGUUCAACUUUUGUUUAAUUGUAACAGAGUAGUUCUAACCAACCCCUGAAAAUUUUGAAAUCACUAACCACCAAAGACGCACUGAUUGCCGAUGUAGAAUAUAGAAGGUGGCACGUAUGAAACGAAGCUCGCUGAAUGGCAGAGCUGUGCUACUAUCCUAUCCUAUUCGGUUUUCGACGUGCUCUGUUGGAGCCCCGUGGGGCUUUCCUGUUACGCCGGUAUUGUUAUUAAACUUCGAGUUUUGUGGAUACAACAGAGCAAUGCCCUGAGGCUCAUUAUAUCAAAGGGAAAAAGCUGCAGAUUUUAUAUAUAUAUUCCUCUCAGAUUUUCCAAGUCUGUAGAAAGAGUUACGUUGUUGUCGUUAUCAGUGUUUAUUUUGUGUAUGAAAAAACACAAAGACUUUUGGAUACCAAAGCUUCUUAUCAGUAGUGAAUACAGACCUAUAGACAUAUCGAAAAUUUGAUUUUUAUGAUUUAGUUGGAGGAACUGUCCGGUAUAUUGUGAUCCAAAUCGUAUUGUUCGGUUGACAUGUGUGUGUGUGUACAAUUGUUUUGAACGGUAAUUACGUUUGGAACAAUUCUUUUUUGAUAGAGAAACUCAUUCCACAUUAAUCAGGAUGCAUGGCUGAAAAUUGCUGCCUUGAAAUAACGCAAACUGAAUCGUGCCACUUUAUUGCAGUUUAACUGAGACGUACCACCGAUGUGCGGUUACAUUAACCAAAGAAUGUAAACAAGCUUUGAAACCUUGUAAUCGCAAUUCUUCAUUAUCGUAGAGGUUUUCAUUUUGUUUCUUCUGUGUUGAUUUUAAGGUAAAGGGGAGGUACUUGGCAAUCCCAGUACCUUGGUUUGCGUUGUUUUAAAGCAUUUUACGUACAUGCUGAUAUGUAAAAUAGUUGUGAUGUUUAUUUUUGAUUAUUGGUUGGCUGUGUCUUGCCUGGCACUAUGUUUGUUGGCAUGGUGUGACGUGUUUGUGUGGUUGUAAUUACAAUUGUUUUUUUUUUCCUCUCUCCGGGGAGACAGUUAUGCAAGUGAUUGUUGUAAUGUAGAGAUCUUGUGGAAGGCGUUUGUGUUUUAUUUUACGCUGUAUAAUUAUUUGUCUUUUUUUUUCUUAGGACAAUGUUUGUAUCUACAGAUAAAAUCUGUGUUGAGUCUGUGAUUAAAUGCUUGUAAAUUUCACGUAAUUUAUUCAUCACACGGAAAUAGUGUACAGUUGAGUGAUCAUGACAUGUUGGUACAAAUGCAUGACAGAAGAACACGAGAUGUGAACAUUGGGCCGCCGGCUCAUUCCCUGUCGUUCCUCUUAUUUAUAUUGUGCAGCCACUUCGGUCGCACUUAUUUUGUGUUGGCUUUUGCUAAUUGUACAUUACUUAAAAAGUCACUAGGAAAUAUUUCCCUUUAUUUUUUUUAUUUAUUACAAAGCAUGUAUCAUUAUCUUCUGUUUGUAAUGAAUAAAGCUUAACCGUAAAAUUGGAAACGAUA